GCUCGGGUGGGUCAGGUCUCAGGAACUCGUAACAAAGCAAACAGCUGAGCGGCGGAGGGUGCUGGAAACAGGUGUGGAUGUGCCACAAGGACGCGUGGCGACUUCCCGGAGCAGCGGGUCUGUGAGGCUACGAUGGAAGACCCUGCGCUCCACAGCCUACCAGCAGGCCAUGCCCAUGUUGCUCCAAGUAAAAGAUAGUUCCCCAGAAACCGUCGGCCGCCGGCGCUGUGCCUUGGCCAGCGCUAGAUCCCGUCUCUCGCCCUGACCAUCAGUGCCAUCCGGAUUCCCCAGGCGGAACCCGAGCUCAAGAAGCCCGCCGGCCGAAGCUCCCCACCGGCUACCGAGCCGGUACUACGAGGCGCCUACUCAAGUUUCCGAGAGGCGGCCUGCGCCUAGCACGCAGGCGCGGAAAGCUGGGCGCCAGUCUCGAGCCGACCUCCGCCACCUGCCUCGGGCCGCGCAGUCCACCGUUUACUUUCGAACAAGCCCAGCAAUUGUUCCUAUUGGCCGAUGCCCCACAGUAGACCGUUGCCUGCAGCCUGCGCCUGCGCUGCGAGGCCCCGCCCCGUCUGGGCACCUGAAACCCUUCGGGGCGGAGAAGGGCGGGGCCUCGGGGCGGUUCUCAGCAUCUGUCGGGGGCUCUCGGCGCUGUUUAGGUGCUGUGGAGUCGUCUGGUUUACCUCCUCCCCGCGAAUAAGAAUAAAAGAUUCCGGAAGAGUUGGAGAAGAUAGUGCAUUCAGUCCCCAAACCAGGAGAUCGGCAAAGUAGGAAAUGCACAAUUUUGAGGAAGAGUUAACUUGUCCCAUAUGUUACAGUAUUUUUGAAGAUCCUCGUGUACUGCCAUGCUCCCAUACAUUUUGUAGAAAUUGUUUGGAAAAUGUUCUUCAGGCAUCUGGUAACUUUUAUAUAUGGAGACCUUUACGAAUUCCACUCAAGUGCCCUAAUUGCAGAAGUAUUAUUGAAAUUGCUCCAACUGGCAUUGAAUCUUUACCUGUUAAUUUUGCUUUAAGGGCUAUUAUUGAAAAGUACCAGCAAGAAGACCAUCCAGAUAUUGUCACCUGCCCUGAACAUUACAGGCAACCAUUAAAUGUUUACUGUCUACUAGACAAAAAAUUAGUUUGUGGUCAUUGCCUUACCAUAGGUGAACAUCAUGGUCAUCCUAUAGAUGACCUUCAAAGUGCCUAUUUGAAAGAAAAGGACACACCUCAGAAACUGCUUGAACAGUUGACUGACACACACUGGACAGAUCUUACAAAUCUUAUUGAAAAGCUGGAAGAACAAAAAUCUCAUUCUGAGAAAAUGGUCCAAGGUGAAAAGGAAUUUGUUCUCCAGUAUUUUAAGGAGCUUAAUGAUACAUUAGAACAGAAAAAAGACAAUUUCCUAACAGCUCUCUAUGAUGUUAGCAAUCUGAUUAAUCAAGUAUAUACUCCACAAAUUGAAAGAAUGAAAGAAGUAAGAGAGCAGCAGCUUGAAUUAAUGACACUGACAACAUCUUUACAAGAAGAGUCUCCACUUAAUUUUCUUGAAAAAGUUGAUGAUGUACGCCAGCGUGUACAGAUCUUGAAACAAAGACCACUUCCUGAGGUUCUACCUCUUGAAAUUUAUCCUCGAGUAAGCGAAGUAUUGAAAGAAGAAUGGAACAGAACAGAAAUUGGACAAAUUAAUAAAGUUCUCAUUCCCAAAAUGAAUAUUUCUCCAAAAAGGAUGCCAUGUUCCUGGCCUGAUAAGGAUGAAAAGGGAAUUGAAUUUUUAAAAAUUUUAAACGUUGUUAUAGUUACAUUAAUUUCAGUGAUACUGAUGUUGAUACUCUUUUUCAACGAACACAUCAUAACCUUUUUAAAUGAAAUUACUUUAGUAUGGUUUUCUGAAGCCUCGCUAUCUAUUUACCAAAGUUUAUCUAACAGUCUGCAUGAUGUAAAGAAUAUACUGUAUCACAUUUUCUAUUUAUUGAAGGAAUUCAUGUGGAAAAUAGUCUCCCAUUGAAAACGUCAAUCUGAAUUGUUUAAAUGGGCUGUGCAGCAGAGAUUAACCAUUGCUAAAUGAAAAAAAUAGUAAACUGAGCUUUAUCAGUGCUGCAACUAAUAGAAAUAGUGUUUAUAUUUGUUGCUUCUUUUGGUUAGCAAUGAUAUAUCAAAGUUAGAAAUGAGAUACCUGAAAUAUUCAAAUUGGGAAAUAAAAUCUAGUAACUACUUUGAAAAUUAAUAACUCCCAUUUUUAUUGGCUUUGUGAAGGUCAACAUAAUGUUGCUGUGACAUUUAAACAUUCUUGUACCAUUAUUGUCUUUUACUAUUAUUAUAUACUGCAGUUAAUUGGCUUUAUGGUUCUUUAUACAUAGCAAAAGCUGAAAGUACAUAUACCUUUGUUUUGAUGUGGCUUGAAGCUUUUGAAUGGGUGAAUAAGGAUGAUAAAGAGGUUUUAAAAUCAAGCAACAAAGUCUUAAAGUGAUAAGGCAUUGCUUAAAGAUCUUUUGAUCAAACAUACCUGUGUUUUAGAUAGAUGUAAGAGCCCUAAAUAUUUAUUAGCCUUCACUCUGAAUAAAGCUAUUGCUUUUGGGCAACUGUUAGGAACAAUUGCUUUUAAAAAAAAACUUUGAGAAGAGGUCUCACUUUUUUUGCCCAGGCUGGAGUACAAUGGUCUGGCCAUCAUUAGCUGCAGUUUUGACCACCCAGGCUCAAUUGAUCCUCCUACCUCUGCCUCUGGAGUAGCUGGGACAAGGCACAUGCUCCCAGGCCUGGCUAACUAAAAAAGUUUGUUUUUUUUUAAGAAAUGUUUUUUGCCAUAUUGCCCAGGUUGGUCUCAAACUCCUGGACUCAAGAGAUCCUACCACCUUAGCCUCCCAAAGUGCUGGCAUUACAGAUGUAAGCCACUGUGCCUGGGGGUCAGCAUUUUCUCAUACUUGUCAUAUAUAGUUUGUGUAAAUUUAAGAUUGUAUUUAACUUUUCUACUCGUCAAAUAAGUUUUUUGAUAAAAAUUCAUUUUUGGCAGGCCGUGGUGGCUGACACCUGUAAUUCCAGCACUUUGGGAGGCCCAGGCGGGCAGAUCAUGAGGUCAGAUGGAGACCAUCCUGGCUAACACGAUGAAACCCCAUCUCUACUAAAAAUACAAAGAAAAUGAGCUGGGCAUUGUGGCAUGCGCCUGUAGUUGCAACUACUCAGGAGGCUGAGGCAGAACUGCUUGAACCUGGGAGGCAGAGGUUGCAAUGAGCUGAGAUUGCGCCACUGCAUUCCAGCCUGGGUGACACAGCAAGACUCCGUCUCAAAAAUCUAAAAACCUUCAUUCUUAAUAGAAGAGGAUCAUAUUCAUGAACUGCUCUGCAACAGGUUUUGAUGGCAUCAUGUAGACUUUAUUCAUAUUAAAAACUAAAUUUUCCAUCACAUUCCCUAAAGCCAAUGCAAAUACUACAACUUAAUCUUAUAUUCUUAGCUUUGCUUAAGAGGGCUUACUAAAUCAAAACCUUGUCGUUCCCUUUAACAGAGACUGGAGUUAUGAUGCGUAUGUUAUGACUCUUGGCCCACUGUCCAUGCAACCCUAAGUGCAAGUUGAUUUGCUUUCCAGAAAUCCCUGUGGGCUGCUCUUUAUCUAGUUCAAAAAGAUGUUUUGGGUCAGAUUAGACAGUGUUCCUGGCUCUACAGAUUGCAUAUAAACUAUCAUAAAUAAAUACAGCUUUUUCAGGGAACUAGUUGUAAAACUUAAGUUCUUAUCUGCUGAAAACAAGUCUUAACAUUAAGAUGACUUUAUUAUGUCAAUUUAUAAUUAGAAUCAUACUUAAACCUAGCACAAUUAACUAUUGUGUUGGUCAAGAACAUUUUAAAGGAUUAGUAGAGGUAAGGAGAGACAUACUCAGAUAUUAAGGUAGAGAUAAGAAUGUUAAGUUACAUUCAUUAAAUACUAGUCACACCAUAAAAGUGCCCGGUAGUUUAAAAUACACAUAAGCAAUGAAAUGUAUGCCAUCUAAUCUCUCAUUUCUGUGAUGUGAAUAUUUUUAACCCCCACUUUUUGUAGAGGGAACUGACAAAACUGACUUGCCCAAGGCCAUAUUAGCUGUGAGAGAGAACCCAUACAUUAUCUUCAGAGUUCUUGCUAUCACUCAAAGAAGUAGGCCAAGAUUAAUAGGGGUUUAUAAUCGGUAGGAAUUAUAGCUAAACACAAAAUUAUGUAUCUGUACUAUUGACAUUGUAUCUUGCCAGUUUUCAGUAAAAUUUUUCAUUUUGUUAUGUAUAAAUAUAGUUAAGUAUAUGAGUAACUGGUUCUUAUGCUGCUGUCUUGUAUUUUUACCAGUAGGAAGAUUGCAAAAGUUAACGUAUAUAAAUCUUAAAAUAUUUUUAAGCUUUAUGUAUAAUAAAAUAUUUUAAUAAACUCCUCUUGAUAUUUG